AUCGAAACAAGCGCAUGUACGGGCGGGGGCGGGGUGGAGCGAUGCGAAGCGGUUUUGGAGCGCAAGCGAGAGCGGAGGUGACGCAGCUCAGUGCGGUGAAUGCACAAAAUAAAUGUAUAUACAAAAUGUAACUAUGUCGAUUGUACGGGCUGACGCUCGCUCUUGAGGUAGCAUAGCCUUUCACCGCCACGUCGCUUGUCGCUCCGCGUAUCGCUUGUAGCUUGGCGAUUAGUACUCGUAAAGCCGUGCGACAUCGGGAAUAUCUAUAUUUUCAUUUGUUUUUACCAAGUUUUUACAAUUUUAAGAAUGAUGAAUCCGCAUCCACAUCCACCACCACUACAACAUCCCCAAAUUCAGCAAAUUCCUCAUCACCAGCAAGUUUUACAACCUCCACCGCCACCUCCACAACAGCAAGUACAGCAACAACAAGUACCGCAACAACAAAUGCCACAGCAAGUGCCACAACAACAAAUGCCACAGCAAAUACCACAACAACAAAUGCAACAGCAACAGCAGCCAAAUCGAGGUUACUCUCUCAUGAUGGCAUUAGUUAAAAACAGUAAAUACUUCGAUUCAGAACGCCUGCAGGCUAUGCAAGAUACUCCAGGCCUACCCAAGCUCAAGAGAUCUAGAAAAAAGAUACGCGAUACGUCAACUUGGGAAAUAAAUAAAGUAAAGAAAGCUAGAGAACAAGGUAAGCCUUAUUUGACCCAGAAACGGAUAAAAGGCGUAAAAGUAGGUUAUGAAGAAAGAAAGAAGAGGGUCAUGGGCCCGGCCUGCAUGUCGCGUGUGUGCCACAAAAGCUCAAAGAGAAAAUGUGACCAAUUAGAUGAUGUAUCCCGACAGGAAUGCUUUGACAGCUUUUGGUCUGAAAUGACUUGGGCCCAAAGAAAAGCGUAUAUUAGUGCUUUAGUGAACAUAUAUUAUACAAGAACUACAACUGUCCCCAAUGGUGAAUCUCGGAGACAUAGAACUAUUAAAUACUCAUUAAAGAUAAACAAUCAACACUGGCCGGUUUGCAAAAAAAUGUUUUUAAACACCCUCGGUCUCGGGGAAAAAACAGUUUUAGGCUGGAUCGAGAAAGCCAAUGAACAUGGUGUUGUUUCUACACCAGUUCGGAAGAAUAACAAAGAAAGAUAUAAUAGAGAAAAGUUGAUACAUGUAGAAACAUAUUUAAAGAAUUUACCCAAGCUGCCCUCACAUUACUUUCAUGGCAAAUCUGAAAAGGAAUACCUCGAUAUUAACUUCAAUUCAGGGAAAGAGGUAUAUUUAGGAUAUAAAAUGUAUUUGGCGAAAGAAGGAAUUAAGGAUAAGGAAAUAUCCUAUCCAUGUUUCCUGAGGAAAAUGAAUGCCUUGAACAUUGCUCUGUUCUCGCCAAAGAAGAAAGUUCCACCAAACAAAAACAAUGCAAAACCCAUUUUCAGACAGGAACAAACAUAAAAGACAAACAUUUAAGACAUGGUAGUGCCCUGUUUAUGUGAAAUAAUUCUCUUGUCGAUAUAUCUUCUGCUUUGGCAGGUUAAUGUGAUAUUGGUUAAAAUAAUGAAUUCGGGCAAUGAAAGUGGUUAAAAAUCCUUUGUUUGUAGUCACUGAAAUAUUUGAAUAUUAUAAAAAGUUAGGCUGCUGAAGUCAACACUGGGGUGGACUACAAGACAAUGUAGGCAACAACCCGAGCUUGCUAUAUUCCUAAUAGUCCUUCCAAGGUAAUAGGAGAGAAUAUGAGGUGUGCAUUUUUUAUUGCCGCUUCUUUUUGGCUAAAUUCAUACAAGUUCAAAGCUCUCUUUCAAGCAUUAAAAUCAAUACUACUGUUUAUGUGAUAGACUACUCCUAUCACACUAAAUAUCAUAGUUACAAUGUUAUUUAUAAGGUGGUCAUUAUAAUAGGUAAAUCCUUGUGGUAGCUAAUAUACAUAUGUAUUUGCAAUAUAAUGAGUUAAUGAGGCAUAUUUACAGUCAUAAAAAUUAUAAUGCUUCUUGAAUAAGUUAUUUGUACUUUGUCUGGUCAAACAUUAUACAAUGUGUAUACUUAUACUUAGUAGAAAAAACAUGAUUUCUACAGAAAAUUUUGGCUAAACUAUAGGAAUUAUAGUAUGCAUAGGUUUGAUCUUCAAGCUUUCACUUUUUUAGCUUGGAUGACAACAACAUAUAAAUGUAUGUUACAUUACAAGUAGUUUUUACCCAUUAUUAACCAUGUUUUACUUCAACAUUUAUCUCUCAAUUUAGUCCUUACAGUAGUUUAUGCUUGAUAGGUAUUCAAAUAGAAUUAAGAUUAUUUAUUGUUCAAAAAUAAGUAUUUAGAACCUCUAAGACAAAAUAAAAUGUUUUCCUAUCUACUGCCAUAGGAUUUAUUUUUACUGUAUGUUAAAAACAUAUGAAUUAUGAAUGUGAAAUCAAUGAUUUUCUACUAUUUUGUUUUACACAUUUGCCGAAUUUUUUUAUUGUUAUGUUUUAUUAUUUAAAAUUCUGAGACUGAUUAAAUUUCUAUUUUGACUGGUGAAAGUAUUUUUCUAUGUUUUAUGUUUCAAGUAUUCACAGUAUUCAUAAAAUAAAUGUAGGCAUACAUUUAAGAAUAAAGGUGAAAAUAGAAAAUUAUAUUGUUUCAUUCAUUGUUCUUCUUUAGGUACAGUCAAACAGGCUUUUCUUUUUAAACAUAACAGUUU